AUGCGCUGCCAGCUCAGCGGCCAGUCCAGCAGGCGGGCACCCUGCUCCGCGGCGAUUGGCUGGCGCGCUCCGGGAGGCUGGUUUGACUGGAAGGUAAAGAAGCUGGCUGGCGGCGCCAGCAGAGCGCGGAGGAGCCAGUGGCUGACUGGGCUCGGACACCGGCCGGGGAUUCGCCAAUUAGCGGGGCCUCCGGAGUUCACCCCAACUCGGGACCCGACGCUGGGGGCACGAGGGCGCGAGUCGCCAAUCCGCGCGAGCCGGAAGCUGGCAGCCGUGCCCCGGAGGCCCAUUGCCCGGAGGCCCCUGAGGCCGGACUCGCUGGUCAUCUACCGGCAGAAAUGCGAGUUGGUCAAAGGGACGGGCGGCGACAGCCUCAGGGCAGGCUUGGUGAAGAAGCUCUUCCAAGGCCCCGGCAAAGACAGGGCGCUCCUCACCCCCGAGAUGCCUAAAGGAAGAGAGGAGGUCAAAACCGAGGGGCCCGACGCCAUGGCCAAGGGUGAAGAUGCUGCAGCUCCCAAGGCCGCGGGGAGCAGCCCCGAGCCCUGCGCUGUGGCUGGCUCGGUGCCCCCAGCGGUGGCGCCAGACCGCUCCCGACCUGGGGGGACCCCCAGCCGGUGCCAGCCCACACCCCCUGGCUCUGAGCUGCGGGAAGUGAGGCACAGAGGCCUGCACCGUUCUCAGUCCGACGUCAGUUCCCGGUACUCUAAGUCCUUUGCGGAGGGCCUGGACACCUUCUUCCUGUAUUGCGGCCUUGACCCCGAGGUGGUGGAGGCCCUGGGGAGGGAGAACUUUGCCGCGGGCUCAGACCACCUCGCCUUCAAAGUCCGCAGCGUGAGCAUUGCCACAUCGGACAGUGGGUUCUCGCUGCACAGUGGUGGAGACGACGGCUUGCAGGAAGAAGAGCUGAUAGAACAAGCCCCCACCAAGACUUCGGUCAUCGAGAAGAACGCCCGCAUCAUCAAAUGGCUGUACACCUGUAAGAAGGCCAAGGAGACUCCCAGCAAGGGCCAGUAGGAAAGGAGUGUCAGCCCUGCGCCCAGGCCCAGACUCCGGAACCCCAGAAAUCCUUCCCAGAGAGUCCUUGGAAGUGCAUCCUGGAUGACUCGGAACACCAGGACUGUCUUCACACCACGCAUUUUGUCCAGGAUCCCAAGUUGACAUGACUACAGCUUUCCCAGGACUCAAGCAUCCCAUUAACUAUGCCUAAGAAAUUUCAGAGGAUUUUAACUAACGAGAUGUAGAGAAAAUUGAGCUAUGGAGAAGAUGGGAACACGGGAUUUGGAGCUAAUGCUGCGGAAUGGUUUAUCUUGUUUGAGGUGGAUCUAUACUUAUUCCUAACGGUGAGCCAGGAGAUGGGAAAUAUUUUCAAGGACCUCUUUUUGCCUAACUUGCUGUCAGACCAGUAAUGGAAUGGAUUCUAAUAAUAUCUGAGUUGAUUUUUUUUAAAGGCAAAGAGUUUAAGAACCAAGCACCAAUGUGACAUGGUCUUUACUCUUUUUAAUCGUCUUGGGCUAAAUGAGACCAUUUAAAUAAAAAUUCCUUCUAUUUUGUAUUCAACUAUAAUCAUGAGAGGGCAUAUGCUAGUUAAAUACAGUUUAAAAAAGAGUGAACACACACACACACACACACACACACACACACACCCAGACUCACCAAAUUGUAAAGCAUCCACACACAGAACAGUAUACUUACUCCCCAAAUUACACAACUAUUGAAUAUUAGUUAAUGCUUCAGAAAGCACUUUAAAAAUCACUUCAGGACAACAAGGUCAUUCUAUGCAUUCCACUGUCCAUCAGUUUAUAGACCUGUGGAAGCACUUUUCUAAAGGAUAUUAAAAGAGCACUAGAUAGUUGAGAUACUGCUGAAUAUUAUUGUGCCAGGACAAUUACUUGGAUGUUGUCAGGAGUAUCUUGGGGCCUCAUUUCAUCAGACCAGUAGCAACAAUCCUCGUUUACAGCAUUAUUUAAAAUGUGCUUCCAAACUGCCCUGUAAUAGGAAUGCCUGCGUUACACAAAACGUGGUCGCCGAGGACAAGGCUUGUCCUUCCCUUUGCUUCAAUCCAAGCCGCUACCUGCCAAAUUAGGGGUAAAGCACCAUGGAGGAAAGGGUUAUAUUUUGAAACCAAAGGGCAGUACCUGGGUGCCUAGGGUAUCCAGAGCCAUUGUAACCCUAAUUCUGAAUGUUCUUCUAAUACCCAGAGUGAAUGCAUUAUCUGAUCAGAGCUAUCUAAUGGUAACUCUGUUUCAAUGAUGAUAACACCAAGAAAAUUUUUCACCCUACAACCUUUUCAAAGCACAGUUUUAUCAAAGUAUCGUAUCUCUUCCAGAACAAAAUUAUUAAAACUUAUUAAGAGGAGAGAAAUGGGUUUCUUAAGGUAAAAUAUUUUACAAAUCAUUCCAUUUUGAUAUACUCAAGUAUUUGCUUUAUAAAGUAUUUUAUUUUUGUAAAUGCUUCACUGUGAGAAUAUGACUUUAAGUUACCUAAAUAUUUAUUUUUACACAGUUAAUGGUCUCUAGAUGGGCUUCCUCCAUUUUACAUAGUCUUUCAUUUUUGUCAGUGCAAUUUUUAAUCAUUUUCUUUAGUUGGACUUUUGUAUGUACUGUUCAAAUGAACUUUCAUCUCUUGGUUGUAAACUGAGUGUGUGCUGCUCUAUCAAGUGCUCAAUGCUGAAAUGCUUUGUUUGGAACAAGCACAUUCUUCAGAGGCCCUCUGGGCUCAGAGGUACCUUCGUCAAGACGGAUUGAUUCAAGACAACAGUUAUUGCUCCGAAAAUGCUGCUAUUCUGUUGGUCACUGGAUUGCACCUAAGUAAAAAAGAUAUUAUCAAAGGUGAGAGGAAUAUUAUUUAAAAGAAAACAGUAUUCUGAAUAUUCCCAGUCUUAUAUUUGCAGACAUCCCAUCGGUUUUAUAUGUGAAUGUGAUGUGCAAAAUUGUUUUGUGCCUACUGUCAGAAGAUGAACUGAAAGCCAGCUAAGAUUUGUGUUAAAUAAAAAUGGUGACAGAACCUCUUGAUGACAGAAGAGAUGAAAAAAUGAUUUGAUUUUGCUCUAAAACCACCAAUUGAUUUUGCUCUAAAACCACCACCAUCUUUCAGGAAAUAUUUACAGUUUUAGAGGUGGCCCAGGAAACUCAAAGAAUUUAGUUGGGAUAAAUGCUGGGAGUAGAUGUCAAAUAUGGAUCACGAUGUACGAAGGAAAAUGAGUAAAUUAGCUUUAACAGGAGUAAAUGAACUCUUCUUACUCUCCAUUCAAGAGCCCUGAUGGUGGAGUAGGCAACAAACUGAGCUGCUAACCUUAACGUCAGCAGUUCAAAUCUACUAGUCAC